CGGCAACGCGAUUGGAUGAGCUCCCGGAAGCCCCGAGCCCUGGUUGGCUCUGGGCACCGCGAAAUCUGGGAGUUAAAGAGUAGCUGGCUGCCGCUGCCACGGCGGCUGCUGGACCCUGCUCCUGGGAGAACCACCUGGAUCCCUGAUCUCUGCCGAUCCCGAUUGCUGGGGUCGUGACUUCUCAUCCGCAACAUAUAGUUUUAUCACUGUGCUAUGGGAGAUGUCAAAGAAGCUAAAAUGCAAAUAACACCUGAAACUCCAGGGAAGAUCACUGUUCUAAAUCCUUUUGAAAGUCCAAGUGAUUAUUCUAGUCUUCAAGAGCAAAUUGUUUCCAGCCCUUCUGUUUUUAAAUCAACAAAGUCUUCAUCAACUCCAGGGAAAUUUAGAUGGUCUAUUGAUCAACUUGCUGUCAUAAAUCCUGUGGAAAUAGACCCAGAAGACAUUCAUCGUCAAGCUUUAUAUUUAAGUCAUUCUGGAAUAGAUAAAGAUGUGGAAGACAAAAGACAAAAAGCAAUUGAAGAGUUUUUCACUAAAGGCGUAAUUGUACCUUCUCCUUGGACUGAUCACGAAGGGAAACAACUAUCACAAUGUCAUUCCAGUAAAUGUAUAGACAUAAACAAUGUAUCUCCAAUUGGAAGAGAACCGGCCAUCUCUUCUGGAAAAAACAAUGUUGCAUGUCAAACAUUGUUGUCUCUCCCUGUGGAUUUUAAUUUAGAAAAACUGUUAGGUGAAUAUUUCAGAGCAGAUGAAUUUGCAGACCAAUCUCAAGAAAACCUCAGUUCCUCAUCUCUAAGAAGAAAACUGUUUUUAGAUGGAAAUGGAAGUAUGUCUGACUCUUUGUCUCCAACUUCUCCCAAGAGUCCAUAUAGUAAUGCUCCAGCAUCACUUGAAGUCCUUUAUUCAAUAGAUUUAUCCCCAGUUAGAUGUAGAAGCCCUGUGGAAACACCAAGCUCGGGUCAGUUUUCCUCCAGUCCUAUUCGGGGAGGUACAAGAAAAUAUAGCUUGGGAAGCAUAACAAGUCCUUCAUUUCCAGAGCACCCCCCUACAAGUAUUGCUUCACCAACAUUCUCUCCAAUUGCUUUUCAGAUAGGAAAAACCCCACUUUCUGAACCAAGGAAGUGUACCUUUCGUUCUCCUGAUGUGCCAUCAGCUCCAAAUUCUAAUGGUGUUACCAACUCUUGUACCAGAAGUCCUUACAUAGAUGGCUGCUCUCCGAUUAAAAAUUGGUCUCCAAUGAGACUAGGGACAUGCAAAGGAAGCACUCAGUACCGUACUUCACUCAUUCGGAUACCUUUUACUCUUGAGCAUCACAAUGAAGAAGUAGAAGAAGAAAAAGAAAAAGAAAAUGUUCUUUCCACAGAUGUCUCUUCACCAGCAAUGGAUACUGCUGGAGUACAUUUUCGACAGCUAGAUGGGGAUGCUUUUGCACGUGGCACACAUUUAGUUGUGGCUACCAUGUCUAUUACAAAAGAUCAGUCCAGUGUUCAUGAGAAAGAAUUGGCAUUAUUGCAAGACACUGAAGGUGAAAAGGAGAAUACCUCUGUAGAUAUGAUUGAUCCUGUAGAAAUAGCAGAUGACAACAUAUGGGUUAAGGAUACAGUUGGUAAUGGGAGUUUACCAAUGACUGGAUUUAUGACAGGCAUUGCUUUCAGUAUUGAAAGCUCUCAUAUGUGCAUGUCACCUCUUGCAGAAAGCAGUGUCAUUCCUUGUGAAAGCAGUAGCAUUCAGGUGGAUAGUGGCUAUAAUACACAGACUUGUGGGAGCAGUAUAAUUGAUACAAUUGGAAUCGGAACAGAGAGCUAUUGUAGAGAAAGUGAUGCACUGUCCUGUGAAAUGCAGAACAAAUCUCAAAUUCUUGAAGCAAAGGUGGAGUUUGAGUUCUUGGACAUAAACACCAUUAAAAGGCACUAUUACUACUCAAGUUUAAAGAUUCAAAAUAGAUGGAUUCUUCGAACUUGUGCAGAAGCAGCAGGUACAUAUCUACUGAAGGAAGCUCUACAACACUGUGGAUACUCCAUCAUAUAAGGAGUAUAUUCCACUCAAAGUCAACAUAGCUAGCUACCUGACUAAUGAACCACUUAUUAAUAUGCUUGAUUUCAACCUCCCUUGCAUUAGGAAAUAAGGAGAACAAUUAGAGAUUUUUAACUAUUUGGAACUUGAAGACCUUUCUUGAUAACUGGGCCUUAGUUUCUUGAAGUAGCUUCUAAACAGAACUGGGAAAAUGAUAAAAAAAAUAGGUAGAGACAAUGAUAUUAGUAAAGAACAAAAGAAAAUUUGUCAUAGAUAAACUACAAGGCAGAUGAACUGGGUACAGAUUCACUGAUUAGACUAUCUUAUAUCAGAAGUAUCAGAUGGAAAUAGCCAAAUCCAAGAAUUUGGAUGCCAAAGGAAUGUACCUUGGAUUUUGCUGCCUUCACAAGGACUUCAUAAUUUGACGGAGGAGGAGCAGGAUGUUUUCUGAGCAAGGCAUUUUCAGAAAAUUCUUCAUGGAUUUUCUUUGCAACAGAAACAUUGGCAAGCAACAUAAAUUCCUCCACCAUGGAAUUUGUUUCUCUGUCAAUGGAAAAGAAUAUCAGGGUGUGGAAAAAUGGGAACACUAAUAUACUGUCAGUGGAACUAUGAACUGGUCAAAGCAUUCUGGAGAGCAAUUUAGAAUUAUGCCGAAAGAGUGACAAAAUUCUGUAUACCCUUAGAUGCGGCAAUACCACUAUGGAGCAUACUUCCCAAGGUAAUAAUAAUAAAAAAAGAUCCUACAUGUUCUAAAAUAUUUAUAGCAGCUAGCUCUCUUUGUGGUGGCAAAAAACUGGAAACUGAGGAGAUGCCAAUGAUUAUGGAAUGGUUGACCAGUUGUGGCACUAUUGUGAUAGAAUGCUACUAUGCCAUAAGAAAUGAUGAGCAGAGGGAAAGGUAGGUGGCUCGAUGAAUAGAGAGCCAGGCCUAGAGUGGGUUCAAAAAAAAAAAAAAGUGGGUUCAAAAAAAAUGGGGUCAGAGGACCUGGGUUCAAAACUGACCUAGAUUUUACCACUUCUGCUUUGGAACCAAUACUUAUUAUAUGAGAGAGAUGGAAGGGUUAAAAAAAAGAUUAACGGGUUGAUUGUUUUAAAAAAUGGAGAGACCCACAUGAAAUUGCAAAAAGUUAAAGAAGUAGAUUCAAGAGAACAUUACUAACAGCUACAGAACUAAUGUUUAAAAAAUAACUUGUGAAUGUCCAUAUCUCAAGAAAACUGAUAAACAAAAAACACAAAAAACAUAGUUUAUAUAUACUUUUUUUUGGUCAAACAAUGUCUUUUUACAUUGCAGAGAGGGGAGGAAGGGAGCAAGAUACUUGGAAAUUUUAAUGUAACAAACAAUAAUUCUUAAAAGUAAAAAAAAACCCUCAAGAUUUUAAAACAUUAUAAAGGGGAAACAAACCACAUUAUUAUUUUUACUAGCAAUUUAAAGGGAAGGAUCAAUGUAUCCAGUAUCAAGUGCUAAAUUUCAAGUUAAAGAGAAGUUUUAAUUCUGGGUUUGCCAUUUCCGUAUUUGUGUGACCUCCUCUCUGGGCAUGAAGUUCUUCCUCAUUCUCCAAUGACCUUUUGAGAGUGAAACCUACUAUUCCACUAAUUAAAUGUAUACUUGUAUAUACAUAUUUUUAAAAUGCAAGCCCUUCUAUAUUAUCUCCUACUCACAUCAUCAUGAUUUUGGAACCUUGUAGGAUCUGACAGCAAAGUGCAAUCUGACUAGUUAAAGCUUUUCUUUAGUCUUCACCAUUCCUAAUUUCACUGAUGAUUUGAACACUCAUGAUAAUACCACCUCUCUCAGGAAAAUGUCUUUCAGUUAAGAGGUCUUAGUUUACUCAUCUGUAAAAGGAGGGGACUGAAUUUGAUGGUCUAUUCCAGAUCAAAGUCUCUGGUCAUAUAAACCCUGCACAAAACCAUAUUCCUUUUUAAUUCUUCACACUACGCCUCCCAAUAUACCUACCAUAUACCUAUCUGAUUUUUCAUAACUCAAUAUCUCCCUUGGUUUCUGUUUUAACCUAGGAAUUUGACUGAAAAAAGGGGAGAUGCUAACUAGAGUGAAUUCUAAUAUCCAAUGAAGGACAUGUCUUCCCAUAAAUCCCCUCAAGAGAAUCCAUUCAAUGUGUGCUAAGAAUCUCAGUGUUCCAUUCAAACUAUCCAACUGCUUUUUGUUUUUGUUUUUUUUUUAAUUUUUUGCCAAAUUGGACCACUCCCAUUACUGGGCAUAUAUCCUGAGGGGCUGGUGAGUACAAUACCCAGGAAGAGGUAAUCUCAAAGUUCUCAGUGGCACAGUACUAGAGUUUAGAAGGUAAGAAUUAUUUGUUUGAAAGUCAUCUGCAGAUGACAUUGAAGCCAUAGGAAUGAAUAAGACUUAAAAUCAAGUUCUGCCUUAGACACUAGCUACUUGAUCCUGGUGAAACUCAUUAAAUCUUUUUAGGCCACAAACUGCCUCAUCUAUAGAUAGUGGUCUAAUGGCCUUCAGAAUUUGAAAAACAAUAACAUUUUAUUAAAACAAUCUAGUAAAAGUUAGUAUAAGCACAGCGGUACUUGAUUUUAAGAAAAUUAAUCAAAAUAUUACCAUUUUUUCCCCUGAAACUUAAUUGCUCUGGCCAAAUAAUUUACCAGUUAAUGAUUAACAGACUAAUAUAUUAACUCACUAUAAUAGCUAUGUUGGUCUUUAGACUUAUCUAUUACAAGGUCCUUGAGAAAUUUUCUUAUCUUGAUAGCACUGGCCAGAGCUUGCACUCCACUGGCAUAAAUUUAUAAAUGUUUAAUAAUUAAUAAACAAUAGAUAUUUUGGUGAUUUUAAAAAAUAUAUCACUAUUAUUCCAAGUAUCCUGUUCUCUCUCCCUUAAGCAAAGCACCCCUCAUAACAAAGAAAAAAACAAGAGCUAAAAGGUGGUUCUGCAAAAUCAACCGAUAAAACAACUAAGUCAGACAUUAUAUAUAAUAUUUCACACCCAAAAUCCUUACAUCAGAAAAAAGAAGGGAAGUCACACUGGCAGAUUUAAAAGAAGCAUUGGCUAUUGGCUCCAUAUCAUGAGUAUGACUUUUGUGGAGGACAAUGGAAAGUUUCAAGUGCAAACAGAUUUUAGCAUAUUCCUGAUGAAAAUAUGUUAAAAAGUAAAAAAGAUGCCCCUGAAAUAAUGAGGAAAGGAGAUGGGUCAAGAAAAAUAAAAGAUAACAGACAAGACAACUAGUACUGUCCUUAUAUCCAGUAUUAAGACUUAGAGAAAAGGCCUCUAGCUCACUGGACUGCGAUCUUUAGGUUUGUUACAAGACAUGUAUAAAGACUUUCGAAAUGGGAAGAUGUCUUUGGGAUCUGUACCAUUAGAGGGAAUGCUCACACUGAGGAGAUCACAAAGGAAGUAUUUUUUUAAAAAAUGCUUGCCAUCUUAGAAUCAAUACUAAGUAUCAGAUCCAAGGCAGAAGAGUGGUAAAGAAGACCAAGCAAUUGGGAUUAAGUAACUUGCCUAAAGUCACAUAGCUAGGAAUUGAAUAUUUGAUUUGAACCCCAGACCUCCCAUCUUCAGGUCUGGCUCUCAAUCCUUUGAGUCACUUAGGUGCCCCUAUACUUAAGUAUUUAAGUUAACUUUUAGUAGCCAAAGGAAAAUAAAUGUUAUUCAUGCACACCUACUUAUGCGUUUAUAUUCUAAAUGUUCAUGUUGAAAUUCAAAAAUCUUACUCAUUUUUUAUUAAAAAAUAACAUACCUGAGUUCCUUUGUCUGGAGAUCUAUAGGGUCAUGAGUUUCACUAUCCACAUGAAAUCGAACUUCUGGAGAAGAAAGUAUCAAAGCCCUUUAAAAAAAACAGUCAAAUAUCUCUAUUAUAGUCAGAAAUAUGAAAAUAAUCCCUAGAUAAAAAUUAAAGAAUGUGUUCAACAGAACUUUGCUGAAGGUCUUAAAUAUAGUAGCACCUCUAUAUUUUUUACCAACUAGAAUUAAUAAUUUCCUAUUUGGGGAUGUAGCCACUCUUCUGGGAAGUUUAAGCUUUCAUUGGUCCUUUAUAACAUAGAAGAAACUGUUUUAAGCACUAUAAUUGGUGGGAUCAGUCAUAGUGAAAAAAUGUCAGUAAUCUAGAAACUGACUUUCAAAAUGGGAAUAUAGAAGAAUUCAUCCAAAGUCCUGGAGUAUUUUUAUAAUUUUUUUACCUCCAUCUCCUUUCUCUUUUUAUUAAUUUUUUAAAAUCCCUUACCUUUUGUCUCAGAAUCAAUACUAAGCAGUAAGGGCUAGGAAAUGGGGGUUAAGUGACUUGCCCAGGGUCAUAUAGGUAAGAAGUAUUUGAAUCCAAAUUUGAACCCAGGACCUCCUGUCUCUAGGCUUGCUUGGCUCUCAAUCCAGUAAGCCACCUAGCUGUCCCCUUCUUUCUCUUUUUAACAAAUAUCUAUUAAAUUAGAAAAAAGAGUUUAAAGUAUUAGACAGAACUUCUUCCAAAAUCAGUAAUCAGAGAGGUUUUAUUAGGUGGUUUGAUGAAUCAGUUUGUUCCUAAUUAAAUGGGAUGAUGCUACUGGAUAAGAACUAUACCUCUUAUCAAGCAACUUAUUAUAAGAUAAAGCUGAGUCAGUCAUUUUUCAGUCAUGUCUAAUUCUUCAUGACUCCAUUUGGAUUUUCUUAGCAAAAGAUACUGGAAUGAUUUUCCAUUUCCUUUUCCAGCUCAUUUAACAGAAGAGGAAACAGGCAAAACAGGGUUAUAUGACUUGCCCAGGCUUACACAGCUAGAAAGUGUCUGAGGACAGAUUUGAAUUCAGGAAGAUCAGUGUCUUCCUGACUCAAGGCCUGGUAUCCAUUGCACCACCUAGCUAUCCCCAUCUUCGCGAGAGAGACUAGACUGAUAAUUUCAAUGGUAUAAGAAAUUGCUGGGAAGAAAAGCCCUUUAACCAGUAUACAUCAGCACAUUCUAUGCAGCUCUUAAUCUUAGGUGCUUAGAGUGGUGAGAGCAGGUUAAGUGAGAUAGUAUGUAUCAGAGAUGAGACUAGAACCCAAGCCUUUCCUGGUUCUGAGUCCAGUUCUGUCCAAUGUACCAUACUUACUCUAUAGCACUUGUUAUUUUAAUAUAUAUCAUGCAUAUUUGACAUAGAUAUCUUGUACAUGUAGCAUGCAAAUAAACUUAACUAUAGUACUUGAUGCAUACUUUAAAUAUUUUCUACCCAAGUCACUAAUGUUUCUCUAUUAUACAUGAUAAACGUGGGCUUUCAAAAAAGACAUUAACAAGCAAUUUUAAUGAUGAUAUCCAACUUAGAUUUAUAUAAUAAGGAAAAUAUACCCUGCAUCAAUUCUCCGCCUCUUCAGAAUUUUUGCUAGUUUAUUUAGUCCACGGAGACUAGUAGUAAUAUCAUCAUUCAUGGUUGCUGAAUCAAUUCUCAUUUGAGCUUCUGCAUAUGUAAGUGAGGCCUGGAGAAAGAAGUUGUAAACUAACAUGACAAUUAUGAACACGAAAGUUGUACCUUCCUACCUCAGGUAAAAAUCUAAAAUCCAUAAAGUCAAACUGCUUAAAAUCAAUAAUGGAAAGGAAAUUUUGAGUAACGAUUCCAACUUUCAAUUCUGCUAUUUCUGGUUUAUUAAACUAGCAUUUUUCAGAGCAGAACCUUAUUAUCUACCUAAAGUCAAUGUUAAUACUGAACUAUAAAGAAAUUACUUUACUUCGGUUUCCUUCCUCCACUUCUUCCACUGGUUAUUUCAGUGUUUAACUGAAGUCUAAGAACCACUGAGGUGAAAUAAAUGUGAAAGUUUGGAAACUAGCCUAGAUAGUACGGACUAUUCCAGCAACCACAUGGUAAGAUUAUUUUAACAUAUAACUUUCAGUAUGCAAAUAAUUAGAAACAUGUAGAAGCCUAUACAACAUCUUACUGAAUGUUUCUGGGUUUGUUUUUUCAUCUGUGAAAAGAAAAGGCUUGCCUAGCUCAAGGAUUGACAAAGUUUGCUUUGGCUUUAGAUGUCAAAUCAAAAUCUAAAAACCAGAUUAAUCUAAGCACAAUAAACUUUGUCUUCAAAUAGUCAAACAUAAUUGGUUCAUUGUUUUUCCAAGUAUAUAGUGAAGUAAAUGGUGGGACUUUCGAGGGCCAAAGGCAAUCUUAUCCCCAAACCUAAAAUUGCAAAAAGACUAGAUCCCAUAAGGCAGAGUUAAUAUCUUUGGGAUAACCAACAAAGACCAGCAGUUCCCUUGGUGUUUGAACAGCAUCAGCAGUAGAAGAAAACAGAAGUAGAGCCAUGCAGCCUCUGACAGAGAAAUACUUUUCACCUCUCAAAGAGAGUGCCUAUAAUUACCUCAGUGUUUAGUAAGAAUUCUAUUGUACACAAUUUAUUUCUAAAUUUCCUAUUUUCAAGUACCACUGUAGAAAAUACUAGAUGCUAAAAAAAAAUCCAUCCACAAACUGGCAUGAUAGCAAUUAGAUAAUUAAUAUAGUCUUUCACUCUUAAUUAUUUUGAUUCUAUGAUCCUUUGAAGAAAGAUCAAGGUAAAGAUGGGACUUGAACUUGUACCAAAAGGUUACAGAAAACCCUUAACAUGUGCCUCAUACAGACAUGUAAACGUACCUAAAUGUUCCUGCUUCAUAGUGGAGCCCUACUAACAAAGGAGCUACCAUGAACAUACUAGUGUUUUAAAGUAUCUAUGAAUACAGAAAUGAAAGAAGAAUUCAUUAUAUUCUAGAAGAUUCACAGAAGUUACAAAGUUGAGAAGACCCAUAGAAAGCCUCCUUUAUAAUAGUUUAUUCUCACAUUUGCUGAUUUUUGUCACACAAUUCAUUUCACUGUUAUCAUCAAUUAGAAAUUCAUUUGGGUUAAAAGUUUUAAAAAUAUAAAAACCGUAGAAAUUCUCUAUCCUAAACCUCUGUAAAACAUUAAGUUUUAUGGCUUUCAGUAUAAUUUUCAAUAGGUAAAGUAACAUGUUAUGACUAUUGUCAGACUUGCUUUUCCCUAACAGGAACACCACUACAAAGUAGAUAGUUCAAAGCUCUAGAUUUGGAGUAUUUUCUUUCUUUUUUAAAUCCUUACUAUGAUGUACUAGGCAAUUGGGGUUGACUUGCUCAGGGUUACCACAGCUAGCAAGUGUCUGAGUCCAGAUUUGAACCCAUGUCCUCCUGAAUCUAGGCCUGGCACUCUAUCUACUAGCUGCUGUAGUUUGGAGUAUUUUCUAAAAGAAAGACUAGGGAAGCUGGCAAUGUAAAUUCUCUAGUUUUCUAACUCAAGUGAACUUGGGCAUUCUUUUUUCAAAGCAUCAAUUUUAUUUUUUAAACAAAGAAACACUUUAUACUUUACCUUUGAAUUAAUGGCACUUUUUGUAAAUCUGGUUUUUAAAAUUUCAGCAUUGUGAUUCAUUUCCCAAAUACAUGAAAAGGCAAGUCUAAGGAAAAGGAUGCAUAAAAUUUAAAUAGUGAUAAACAUUAAAUGUAAAUAUUAAGUCUUAUGAAAAAGUAUGCAUAGAUACCUGUCCACAUUCGAUCUUAAAGAGCAUAAAUUAGAGCUAAGCAAUUCUGGAACCAUAUCAAUUCUCUGUAAAAGACAAAAAUAAAACCUUAAAAGUUAUUUAUCAAUGAUAUGAAAUUUUAUUUAUAUUUUCCUGCUAAAUACUAAGUGGGGAGGAAAAUAAAAUCUUUCGGAAUGAAAAGAAAAA